CGCAAUGAAGCCCAACAACCAGGCCGUCCGGAGGGCAGCAGCCUCCACCAGCGGGCUGCUCCUCAUCCUCCUGCUCGUCGCCUUCACGGCGUCCAACUACUCGUCGCUCUACACCGAGCAGCUGCUCGUCGGCGUGCCCGUGCCCGCCGCCGCGGCGGGAUCCCGCGCGAGCGAUGGCAAGGGCAAUGCCGGAGUGGCGUGCGACGUGGCGAGGGGCGAGUGGAUGCCCGACCCGGCCGCGCCCUACUACACCAACGCGACGUGCCCGCUGAUCGACGGCCGGCAGGACUGCAUGAAGUACGGCAAGCCCGGGAUCGAGUCCAUCCUCCGGUGGCGGUGGCAGCCCCACGGCUGCGACCUCCCCCGCUUCGACGCCGCCGCGUUCCUCCGCCUCGUCCGCGGCAAGUCCAUGGCCUUCGUCGGCGACUCCGUCGCGCGCAACCACAUGCAGUCGCUCAUGUGCCUGCUCGCCAAGGUGGAGCACCCAAGGGAGAUUGAGCCCAAGGACUGCGUGCACUGCACGCGCAAGUACCACUACCGGGAGCACGACUUCACGGUGUGCGUGUUCUGGACGCCGUUCCUGGUGCGGUGGAACCUGACGCGCGCCGGCGGGCAGCAGUUCAUGGACCCGCACAACGUGUACCUGGACGAGCCGGACCCGGAGUGGAGCCGCGACGUCGCCGGCUACGACUACGUCGUCCUCAACGGCGCCAAGUGGUUCACCCGGCCCACCGUGCUCUACGAGGGCGGCCGCCUCCUCGGCUGCGCCAACGUGAACGGCUGCGAGGCCAAGCACAACGCCACCGCCGUGGCGCCGGACUACGCGAUGCGCGCGUCGUUCCGGACCGCGCUCCGGGCGCUCGGCGCCGGGUUCCGCGGCAGGGUGGUGGUCCGGACGGUGGCGCCCCCGCACUACGAGAACGGCAAAUGGUACGACGGGGGAAACUGCCUGCGGACGGGGCCCCUGCGGAGCAACGAGACCAGCCUGCCGGAGACCGAGGCCGCGUUCCACGCCGCGCAGGUGGAGGAGUUCCGGGCUGCGUCGGCGGGGGUGGCGGCGGGGAGGUUUGUGCUGAUGGACGUGAGCGAGAUGAUGCAGAUGAGGGGCGACGCGCACCCCGGGCAAUACGGGCACUGGCCGCACGAGAAGGUCGGGUUCGGCAUCGACUGCGUGCACUGGUGCCUGCCCGGCCCUGUCGAUGCUUGGAGCGAGCUGCUGCUCCAUUUGCUGACAUGAUUUAUAUCCAGCUAAUUUCUCUUCGUCGUAGUUGCAGAAACAGAAUGGAUUUGGAUGCAGCGUGUUAGUACAAUGCACGUGCAUGUAUUGUGUAGUGUUAGGAAAACUCCAACACCCGCGCUAUGGCGCGGCGCCCUAAAAAUUUUCUACAGCACUUAAAUCUGUUUUUUUGCACGUGGCAGGCCGCCCGCUCCACAGGCGUUCUAGCAGACAUGCUAAAUUUAAGACGCCGGCGCCUAACACAAAUCACAUUUCUCAUUAAGUCCGAUCGCCAGCACAAUUCGGAACGUCCACGCCGCCCGCCUCGCUCUCCCCACGUCUCGUACGAACCGCUCCAGCUAAGAAGGCGAACUGCCCCAGCGACACCGGCCGUCACCGGUCCCUGCCUCCUCCGUUGCCCACUCCGAUGAUGUGAGGAGGUGGGGACCACGGCGCUGCGACGGCGCUGUGACGCCGGCUUGUUGUUAAGGUUAGUCUAGUGUUUCCUUGA